AUGGCAACGUGGGAGCUACAGGUGUUUGUGGGAGACCAGGAGGCCCAAGCCGAGGCCGUCACCCUGCGGGUCACGGGCGAGUCCCACAUUGGCGGCGUCAUCCUGAAGAUCGUGGAGGAGAUCCAGCGGAAGCAGGACUGGUCGGACCACGCGCUGUGGUGGGAGCAGAAGAGAAUGUGGCUCCUGCAGACGCACUGGACCCUGGACAAAUACGGCAUCCUGGCCGACGCGCGGCUCUUCUUCGGGCCCCAGCACCGGCCCGUCAUUCUCCGGCUGCCCAAUCGCCGGGCGCUGCGCCUGCGAGCCAGCUUCUCUCAGCCCCUUUUCCGGAUGGUCGCCGCCAUCUGCCGGGUUCUCAGCAUCCGUCACCCUGAGGAGCUGUCCCUGCUGCAGGCCCCAGAGAAGAAGGAGAAGAAGAAGAAGGAGAAGGAGACGGAGGAAGAACUGUUUGACCUGAGCAGGGUGGUGCUGGCUGCCGGCGUGGCCCCAGCCCAGUUCCGGGGGAUGCCGGCUCACUUCUCGGACAGCCCUGAGGCGGAGGCCUGUUAUCGCAUGCUCAGCCUGCCCCAGCCGCCCCCAGACCCAGCGCAGCUGCUCCGCCUGCCCAGGCCCGGCUCCCUGGUCGACAAGAGCCAGCUGCACAGCAGGUGGCUGGACUCAUCUAGGUGCUUAAUGCAGCAAGGGGUCAAGCCCGGGGACACGCUUUGGCUCCGCUUCAAAUACUACAGUUUCUUCGACCUGGACCCCAAGGCAGACCCCGUGCGCCUCACUCAGCUCUAUGAACAGGCCCGCUGGGACCUGCUGCUGGAGGAGAUCGACUGCACUGAGGAGGAGAUGAUGGUCUUUGCAGCCCUGCAGUACCACAUUAACAAGCUGGCCCAGAGCGGGGAGCUGGACGAGCCUUCAGUGGGCAGCAGCCUGGAUGACCUAGACACCGCUCUGAGCAACCUGGAGGUGAAGCUGGAGGGCUCGGCCCCCUCAGACGUGCUGGACAGCCUUACGACCAUCCCCGAGCUCAAGGACCAUCUCCGCAUCUUCCGGCCCCGCAAGCUCACCCUGAAGGGGUACCGCCAGUACUGGGUGGUGUUUAAGGAGACCACGCUGUCCUACUACAAAAGCCAGGACGAGGCCCCGGGAGACCCCAUCCAGCAGCUCCACCUCAAGGUGACUUGGCCAGGGUCACCCAGCCAGGGUCCAGGCCUGGCUCUGGGUCCCCUGAGCCCCCGGCUGCCCCUUCCCUCUGUCUCCUCCCAAUCGUGCCCGUGGCGUGCCCUGCAGGUGGCCAUCGAGUUUGACGAGCACAUCAACGUGGCGUUCAGCUGCGUGUCGGCGGGCUGCCGCAUCGUGCACGAGUACAUCGGGGGCUACAUCUUCCUGUCCACCCGGGAGCGCGCCCGGGGAGAGGAGCUGGACGAGGAUCUCUUCCUGCAGCUCACGGGGGGCCAUGAGGCCUUCUGAGUCUCCUCCGGCCUCCAUCUCCCUCUCACACACGCUUCUUCUCCCUCCACUGGCCCUCAUGCACCCCAAGCCUCACCUGUGUCUCCCCCUUCCCUGAGGGGGGGCUCCCUACUUCCUUUGUGCAGGGCAGAGGGGGAAGGGAUGAGGGGGAGACACCCCCCCCCCCGGGCUGCCCAUCCUCUCCUGCGAUGACCCCUCCCUCUCUGGAGCUGGGUGAAGUGGGCUGAGGAGUCCCAGGACCUGGCUGCCUCCAGGGCGAUCUGGGCCCCAGGCGCAGCUGCACAGAAGUUUGGACACAGCCACAGAAAGGAGGAUUUUUUUCU